AAAAUAAAAAUGGAAAAACGGAUGCGAAAGGAAAGGUGACGUCUUUGUCGUCGAUUUUGCCGGCGCAGGGAGAGCAGAAGGUGGCGAAGCGAGUGUAGGAGCUUUCAGAGAAGCAUAGUUGAAAUGAACCAAUUGAUAGAACCGAUUACCGAUAUACCGCCCUUAUCAACCUCGUUCAAAAACUCCCCGACGAACUUCACCACGAUACAAUGGUUCUACUGGGAGAAAGCUACUAUGUAGAAAGAACAGCUAAACAAACUAGUGAAAUUCUAAAGAGAAGGGGAAAGUCAUCGGAACCUGAAGAAGGCCUGGUGGAGCUCAGAGAAGAGGAUGAAGAGGAAAAUACCACCGAACUGAUCUUUUAUUGCCAAGGUGUUCCUCAUCAUGCAGCCUACUCAUCUGAUGAAUGUCAUUUGGAGCAAGGAUGUCCUACUUUUUCUGAAGAAAACAAAUUAAUGGGUGCACCUGAGGAUGAUGAAUAUGCUCGUAUAAUGUCGAGGUUGGAAGAACUUGAGAAAGAACUUGCAGCUAAAAGUUAUGGAGAUAAUGAAAAGUGGGAUACUAAUGCAGCCGAAAGUGAUGGUGAAGAAGAUGAGCAGAGUAAAGUUGUUUUUUAACAAAAACGAAGCUGAAGGUUACAGUUCUCUUGAUCAUGGUCCUAGAUAUUAAGGGGUACUGUUGAGACUUGCUGCUUCAUACCUGCUGAAUACAAAUAUACAAUCAUAUAGUGAAGAUUUUUCUAGUUGCUUAUGAAAUAGGUGUAUCAGCCCAGGAAACCACUUCUGCAGUCAAAAGGCAAAGAUCCAGUUAGCUGUAAGAGUCUACUGGAUUUACCGUGGGACCUGUUAUCAAAGGUUGGUAUUUGUGGUGUAUGGCAUUAUGCUUGUAAACUAAAGAAGAGAAAGUAAAUAUCUUCUCACAUCUUCCACUAGAUGCAAAUAUCAUUUCAGUUUUUGUUUAUAUGAAAUGAUUCCUUUAUUUUAUCUUAUUAA